AUGUGGAUCUUUUUAGUGAUGGCGGCGCUCUACUUCUUCGUCCUGGGCAUUGCUCGGUGCUGCGGCCUUUGGAUGCCUACCUACGAGAGCUUUGGGCCGGGCUGCUGGACAGCUAUCUUCCGCAAGCAGAAGAUGCGCAACGUCGAUGACGUUGACUCGCUGACGCAAGCCCCGGCUGGAUCAGAGAGCGCCGCACACAGUUUCACAGUAGUUUCUACUAAGAACGCCCACUUUAAAGGGGGCGUCUGCGACGCGUACCCCUUCCGUCAGGCCCACGAUGCCGACGGCACUGUUUUACCCCAAACUCGGUGCCGACGGCAGCUGCCGCCCGUGUUUUUGGGCAUUUUCGUGGCGAACUUUACCCCCAAGACCAAUGCCAAGAUGUGGCAGGAGGCGCGAAAGACGGAGCGGAAAGUCCAUGCUUACAUGGACGCAGCCAAAGUGCGGGCUGAAAAGAAAGCAGCAUGGUUUGCAAUUAUGCGGGGUGAUCCUGUGCAGAGCCUGAGGGUGACCGGCACAAGCUGCAAGCUACACCAUGACAUUGGCGCGUAUCGUGCCACUGAGAACAAUGAAGGACUGAUUGCUUGGAAUGGCAAGGAAGACCAUCUGAUUGACAGAUUUGAUGGUCGGGCGCUUCUCGAUUUCAUUCGUCAGUAUGACCCAAAGUUGCGGCCACCAAGGGAGAAGACUGAGGAAGAGCAAGAACUCGAUGAGCUGUGCAACUACGAAAGAUACAAAGACAUAAUCAAGCAACGGCGCAAAGGAUUGACUGACGAAGAAGGCCUUGAGGAAGUUGAGGAAGCCAUCAUAGCCAAGGCAGCAACCGCAACUGACAAGGAGAAGUCAAGUGGCGGCAAGCAAAGCUAUGCCAAGAUCGGAUAUUCAUAUGACGGCUCUGCGCCUCCUCAAGAAGAAGAGAGCGACGAGGAUGAGAAGUCUCCGCGUGGGUCGGAGGAGAGCAGCAGCGAUGAUUCUGAAGACGAGGACAUCGAGAAACUGGCAGAAGGUUAUGGGGUCGAAGAGUUUCAUCGGUUGGUCCGCUCAGACAAGAAGGCUCGGGCAGAUGCAAGGGCGGCAAAGAACGCAGCAGAUCAUACUGAACCCGGUCAAAAAAAGAUGAACCGGAAGGAGCGCAAAAAAGCUGGACUCUUGAACAAGGACAAGCCUAAAUUCCCAGUGGAGCCGGCGAGGUCUGAACGCCGUUCCAGUCCCUCAUAUGAUCCUGUUCCAGCAAGAAGACGACGAUCCCGGUCUCGCAGCCCGUCCCCCUACUAUCGCCGCAGCUCCAGUCAUCGCGGCCGCUCAGAACGCGAAGCCCUGCCGAAAACGGAAUUCAUCACUGAGUUUGAGGGGUCGUUAUCGGGGCUGCCGUCAGGGCCUCCCCCAAUUCCCCCGCCUGAGAAGUCUAGCCGUGACGGGUCCUCUGGCCCGGGCACAAUUCUUGAGGCCCUGCGCUCUGAUCCUGCGCAAGCAGCAGCGCCCGGGGUUGUAGGCCUUGGGCCAAAACCGCACAUUCGCACAUCAGAGCCAAGGGCUCCCCCUUCCAGAGAUGCGACGUCAGCCGCUCUCGCCAAGCUCAGCAAGGGCAGCGUCGGCCCUUCAAAGGCGCCCGGUGAAAAGAAAGAGACGCCGCAGGAACGGCUGAAACGGAUCAUGAGUAAGCAGCUCACAAAGCAAAUAAAGAAAGACACCGUGAGUGAGAGUGAGAAGAAGCGGGAAGCCGACAAACUUCGGCAGCAAAAGCUAGAGGAGACGCGCCGUUUGGCAGGACACUCAGAGCGGAGGCGCAGCCGGUCGCCGCCUCAGCGGCAUCGCAGUCGAAGUCCAUACCGCUCCAGCCGGAGAAGCCCCUCCCGCUCCCCCUCGAGGUCGCCUAGCAGGGAUAGGAGUAGGAGUCGUGGGUCAUCAUACCACCGCGAUCGUGACCGUGAUAGAGACCGCAAGCACUAGGUCUUGCCAUGUUUCGAGAUUCCGUCCUGCUGUGUCAUCUGAGUAGUUUGUAAGGGCGCCGUUCGAAGCAUGUGGGCUUUAGGUGGGAGCAUCUCGAAUCGUAG